AGCUGCUGCAGGCCGAAGGAGGUUUCUGCAGGUUUUCAGGGUCUCUGCUGCUGCAGGUAAAUAUAACACACAUCUGCCCUCAGUAAUCAGCGGGAGACACACACACAGCUGACCUGUCACAGAUCUCUCUGCAGGAACUCUGGGAAAUGAAGCUGAAGACAAACAGCCGUAAAUCAACAUUUAGACAACAGAGUCCAUGUUUGAAACUCAGCAGGAGAAAAACGUCCAAAAUAACAGGCUGCUGAAAACAAAACAAAAAAUAGUAAUCAACCAAGCUUCAUAUUUAUAACAGUGUUCAUCUGUUUGUAAAGUACAUGGUUUGUUUCUGUGUACAGUGUGGGAGCAGCUGUAUGUGGUGGUGGUCUCUGUGCAACAGGAUCUUAUUUAAAGAUCCUCAUUCCUGACCUGCUGCUGCUGGUCUGCAUCACGAGGACCUCAUCAGACUCCAUCCAAUCAGCAAGUAUUAGAUUUUCAGUCUCAUUCACAACAACACCGUCAGCUGUGUGUCGUCGUGGUAACAGAAAGCUGAGGUUUAACAACAGUCAAUUUGUGUUUUUGAGGUUUUACAUGCAGAUCACACACAGCUGCUUUUACCACAGUGGACGUCUGCAGGCUCCAGUUCAUUAAACUGUGUGUGUGUGUGUGUGUGUGUGUGUGUGUUACAGCCCUGAGCAUGAAACCAGUCAGACCGACAGAGACCGCUGAGAGGGCGAGAGACACAGACGCUCAGUGGAGAGAGAAAGAGCUGGACUGGGUCUGGUCUGUCCGUCCGUCCAUUCAUCUGCUCUUCAACACAGCUUCCACUGUGCUGACUGACUGAGGAGAAACAGCAGCAGCAACAUCUGGAACGUCGACACGUCUGAACGAUGGAAACUCAUCUGUCAGAUAAAUAAUGGAGACUCGUGGGACUCACAGUAAUGUUGCACAGAACAUCUUUGAUUGUGGACACAGAGACAGAUCCUCCCCCGUCCUCACCCCUGAGCCUUUGGUGACAGAGGAGAGCAGAUGUGGUCUCCACAGCAGAGUGAACUCCAACACUGCUGCUGGGUGUUAUCAUCUGUCAUGGUGUUGGGUGGAGGCUGGCGAUGGGUUUGGGUAACGGGCUGCUCUCUGGUCAUUGGCCUCCUCUUCCAGCCCUGCAGCAGUCAGUAUGAGAGGGGGAUUUCCAUCCCUGAGCAUGGCUUCUGCCAGCCCAUCUCCAUCCCCCUCUGCACAGACAUCGCUUACAACCAGACCAUCAUGCCCAACUUGCUGGGUCACACCAACCAAGAAGAUGCUGGGCUGGAGGUCCACCAGUUCUACCCACUGGUUAAAGUCCAGUGCUCUACGGACCUGAAGUUCUUCCUGUGCUCGAUGUACGCGCCGGUCUGCACGGUUCUGGAGCAGGCCAUUCCGCCCUGCAGGUCACUGUGUGAACGGGCACGGCAGGGCUGCGAGGCGCUCAUGAAUAAGUUUGGCUUCCAGUGGCCGGAGAGGCUGCGCUGCGAGAACUUCCCAGUGCACGGUGCAGGAGAGAUCUGCGUGGGUCAGAACACAACCGACACCGACAGCCCCACGUCCGACCCAACCCCCAACCUGCCUGAUCUUGUGACCCUGCUGCCACACAUCCGGACCAACCGGCCCUUCUCCUGCCCUCUGCAGCUUCAGGUGCCCACCUAUCUCAGCUACCGCUUCCUGGGGGUGAAGGACUGCGGUGCUCCGUGCGAGGUCUCCCAGCCUAAUGGACUGAUGUAUUUCCAUGAGGAGGAGUUAAAGUUUGGCCGGCUUUGGGUCGGUGUCUGGUCCAUCCUGUGCUCUGUGAGCACCCUCUUCACAGUGCUCACCUAUCUGGUGGACAUGAAACGGUUUCGAUACCCCGAGAGACCGAUCAUCUUCCUGUCUGGCUGCUACUUCAUGGUGGCAGUGGCCUACACCACAGGCUUCCUGUUGGAGGACAAGGUAGUGUGUAUCGAUAAGUUGAAGGACGCAGGCUACAAGAUGGUGGUCCAGGGCACCAAAAAAGAAGGCUGCACCAUCCUCUUCAUGGUCCUCUACUUCUUCGGCAUGGCCAGCUCCAUCUGGUGGGUGAUCCUGUCCCUUACCUGGUUCCUGUCCGCUGGGAUGAAAUGGGGUCAUGAGGCCAUUGAGGCCAAUGCUCAGUACUUUCACCUGGCAGCCUGGGCGGUUCCUGCUGUGAAAACUAUCACCAUUCUGGCCAUGGGGCAGGUGGACGGAGACCUGCUCACCGGCGUAUGCUAUGUGGGAAUUUACAAUGUGGACGCCCUGCGGGGCUUCGUCCUCGCACCGCUGUUUGUCUACCUCUUCAUUGGCACUUCCUUCCUGCUGGCAGGCUUUGUAUCGCUCUUCCGUAUCCGCACCAUCAUGAAGCACGAUGGCACCAAGACGGAGAAGCUGGAGAAGUUAAUGGUGCGGAUUGGUGUGUUCAGCGUGCUGUACACGGUGCCUGCCACCAUCGUCAUUGCCUGCUACUUCUACGAGCAGGCUUUCCGGCCACAGUGGGAGAGGACGUGGCACAUGCAGACGUGUAAGCGUUUUGCUGUGCCGUGCCCGAGUGGAAACUUCACGCCGGCAACGCCGGACUUCACCGUGUUCAUGAUCAAGUACCUGAUGACCAUGAUCGUGGGGAUCACGUCAGGCUUCUGGAUCUGGUCAGGGAAGACGCUGCAGUCGUGGAGCCACUUCUAUAAGAGACUGAGCAACAACAACCAGGGAGAGACCACAGUGUAGAGCCGGUGGAGGAAGGGGCUGGAUUUUGCCCCAUGGAUGCACUUAAACUGAUGGAGGGCGUUUGAUUCUUGGAAGGAGAAACAGUUUUGUGCUCAGUGAGCGUUUGACUGAGCCCUUCAUUCACAGAUUUCUGCUCUGAGUCCUCGUUUCAAACCCUCACAGAGAAGGAGGCUGUGAAUUCUUCAGGAUUUUUCCACCUGCAGUCACAGUGACGUUGCUGCAAAUGAAGCUUCCACCUGUAGUUCUUUAAUGUUUGAUACACUGAUAGAGCAGCACACAGAUUCAGGUGAUGUAAACGCUCUGGCAGGUGGAGAUACAGUGAGGUGAGAGGGACAGGUGCGUACAGGUGUCACAAACAACAGGAAGUUAGUUCCUGUGCUUUACUGUCCUUUAACACAGCUCAUGGACAAAAUUAAAAUACUUUAACACUGAGAGUUGGAUUUAUGCGAUUUGCACCUCAAACCCUCCUCCUCCUGUUCCUCCUCCUCCUCCUCCUCCUCCUCAGAGUCCUGAGUCAGGUCUGAACUCACAGACAUGAAACACAUGUUGAUAUGAUUCAGUGUGACUUCAUUAUCUCCGAUGUCCCUCCAGAAUAAACUUCCAGGAAUCCAAAUAGAAGUCAGAGAAAAAAGCAGAACUUGACUGAGAAUCAGUUUGACUGAAUGGACAGAGCAUUGUGGGAUAUAGUAUGACAUCAGUGUACAGUAUUUCUCACACACACACACACACACACACACACACAGACCUAUCAGCUUGUUCUGAGAUUUUCUUUUUAACUCAGAUAUUGAUAUUGAAAAUAAUUAUAAACUUCAUUUAUAUUGCAUAAGCACACUAUAGUUAAAAUGUUUCCAUGACACUGAUUUAUUUGAUCAGUUUAUUCAGUCACACUGCCUCAUUUAUCACUAAUCUGUAAAUACUAUCUUGUGAAUUUUUGAGAAUUUUUAAAUCACUUUUAAAAAUCACUUUUUAAGCAGUGUAUUUGU